AUGCCCCAUAAACAUAAGAGAAGGCGGAAUGACGAUGGGGAUCAUUUUGAUCUGCCACCCUCCAAAAUUGCGAAGGCUCUUCCUCCGCGAUUCGGCGGAAAUGCAAGCGGUAAAAAGGACCAACAGGGCAAAAAGGUGAAAGAGGCAAAAAAUGCGUCAUAUUCUGAAAAUUUCGGCGACGACACCCCCCGGGAAUUUGCCAGAAUGAUGCGAAAAUAUCAGGAGUCUCUCAUAAAACCCUGUUCAACAAAAGUAGUCGACGAAGGCUCCACGCAGAAGCGCAAGAAACGAACGGGUGGUUCCAUAAAACGAGAGGAAAAGAGCAGCUCCGAUUCUGCGGGCAAGAUCCCUAAUGACGCAAAUAUCCCCAAACUCCUCCCUGGCGAAAAGCUCUCUGAAUUCGCCAUUCGGGUGGAUCAAGCCCUCCCUCUUUCGGGAGUUUCGCGGGCGGCGGGGAAUAAUCGUUCUAGCAAAGUAGAUGCUGAUAUUCGUAAUAUACGGGAACACCGCCAAACAAAGCACGAGAAGCGGCUCCUACGAUUACAAACCCAAUGGCGAAAAGAUGAUGCAAGGAUACGGGAAAAAGAGGAAGCAGAAAGAGAAGAGCGAGAGGCGCAAAAUGAGGAAGUAGAUGAAACGUGGAAACAGUGGGAAAUGGAAGCAGGAAAUGGAAAAAGGAAAAAGAAGAAAGGGAGUAAAAAGAAGAGAAAGAAAGGUGGCGAGGACGCCGACGAUGUUGGUGUUCCUGAAAGCGAUGGGGAUGAUGACCCUUGGGCGAAGCUGAAUAAGAAGAAACGUACCACACGACCCAUGAAUCCGUUCGAUGUCGUUCAGGCGCCACCGGAGAAGUUGACAAGUGUCCGAGAGGUGUUCAAAGUACAUGGAAUGGCUGGUGCAAAGGUGGAUGUCGCAAACGUUCCCGCUGCAGCUGGAAGCUUAAGGCGGAGAGAGGAACUGGCAACCCAUCGUCAAGACAUUGUUGAUGAAUAUAGACGAGUCAUGGCGGCGAAGAGAGGUCAAUAG